AUGGCCAAUUGGAUGCUGGUGAACAUACUAUCAUUCAUGUUACUUUUUCUCGACUAUGGAGCCGCUUUCUGCUACGAAGACAUCAUAUUGAGCGAGACCUUCGGAGAAGGUACCAAGGGUAUCGCGUUUUCGGACAUUUCAGGGGUCAAAUUAGGGCAAAUGUUGAGCUCCGUUACAGUCCGCGGUGAUGAACGCGUUGACCAAGUUACCGUGCGAGUGGCAUCACCCGAUGAGGCAACAUGGACUCACGGAGGCUCAGGCGGAACGGACAACAUUCUCAUUCUCAGUGAAGGUGAAUACGUCAACUCGAUGGAAAUCCACGUGGCCAAGAAACUAGGAUCCAAACGGGUUUUCUACUUGAGAUUAUACACCAACACAGGCAACUCGGUUGGGGCUGGAUCGAAGACCGACGAGAGUGCAACGGUGGACGCUCCCGAAGGUUAUCAAUUCAGCGGGUUUUUCGGUCGUGCAAGGACUGAAGUCUACGAAUUGGGCGCAAUUUGGACGAGGAUAAAUGCUUCACAUUUGUAUCUCACAGACGACAUGGGCUCGGAAUGGUAUGGUAAGAAGAUUCGUAACUGGGUGGGCCCCACCGUCGGCGACGCCCUUGACUCAGCUUGCUAUCGGAAAUCAGAGCCUUUCAGUAGCAGUCAACUCUGUCCGCUUGGGUACAACAAGACCGACACCAAUUGUAUCGCACAGUGUCCACUGUCUUAUCCGAUCAAAUGUGGGCUGGAAUGUAUCCCACAAAAUGACAAUUGUAUCCUGGAAAUUCUGCAAAAGACGGCGUCGGUGGUAUCGGUAGUUUUCAACACUGCAACUGUAGGAGUGUUCGGUGAAGUCAAGGCUGCGUAUAAGAAGGCUCAUCAGACGUAUAUGUGCGCUGCGAGUAUCAUCGGUGUACUCAAAUCACUCAUUUAUUACUUGAGAUUCCAGCAAACCACGGCUCCCCAAGGCUCUGUUGAAGAGCUUCUUGCCGUGGCGUACCAGACUGACGUUGUUGUCGUGGAUCUACCCAUCGCAGUCUGCACUUGUCUCGGUCUUCCGGUUUCGUUUAGCGCACGAGUUACUGGUGUUGUGAUCGCAGUAGUGGAGAACAUCGUCAAGCAGGCUAUCGUCAACGGGGACCAGAUUUUAUCUUCUGCGACUGACGUGAUGACUUUUCUUCGGAAUGUCAGCGCACUCAACUCUCCAGAUGAAUCGACACUAGUCGAAAUCCAGGACUUCCUCGACUCCAACACGACCUGUGGAUUCCAACUAAAAAGUCUCACGGAUCGCAUCAGUACUGCCAUUGAAAGUAUCCGCAACGUAACACCGAGUGCCACAAGCGAAGAUAUCCGAGUGACAAUCAGUAGAUCUUCGCUUGUAUUAACCGAUGUGGCCUCCGUUACCAACAACUGCAUGGGUGAAAUUCUAGGUAACAAGACCACAGAGGCCUCGUUCCAGACACGAGACUUGCUUCGCAAAACCAUGGGGAUCAUCAUUGACCAAUUGAUAGAGACGAACGCAACAGACAUGGGAGUUUCCGUUGCCAAGGAUGAAGCUACACUCGAAUCCGCAAACCUUGGACUCGUCGUGCUGUCAGGUCUGGAUCCGACGGGUAUUCUCUGGAUGGUCUCCCAGUUUGUCCAGCCUACGUGUGGCCCAACGUCGUUUAUCGGAGAGAUCGACGACGGUACUCUAUUCGACGCAUUGGGGUUAACAACCGUGGACGAAGCUUUUGAAGGCAGCUACGGAGCUUGGACCAAGGAGGGCAACGGGAUGGUCAACAUAUUAUUCAAAAGUAUCGACACGAAAGACGUCAACGUCGUCAUCCAUUCGGGAGGUAGCAAAUAUGCAGAGGUGAAAGUGGCUUCCGGCGAGACAGUCACGUGGAAUGCCUCAAUAGCCGAGCUGCAAGACAAGACGCUGUAUCUGGAUCGAUGGCGGCCAAAUUUUAUUGGAAUUCCAGGGUCAGGUGGAGGAUCGCUGGUGCUGUGGGUACCGAGGUCUUCCAAGGGUGGACAUUUGGCUCUGAAUGUCCGAAUCAACGCAAGCUAA